AUGGACACCUCUCGCACCAUCAACCCCAAUGACCUGUUCUCCGCUAAAGGCCUGGUGAUAGCCAUCACCGGCGGCGGCAGUGGCAUCGGCCUCGCCCUCGCAAGCGCCCUCGCCCAAACCUCCGCCCAAAAGAUCUACCUCCUCGGCCGGCGCCUCUCCGUCCUAACGACCGCCGCCCAAUCCCUCUCUACCUCCCAGACCACGGUCAUCCCGCUCGAAUGCGACGUCACGUCCCCCUCCUCCCUCGCCGCGGCCGUCGCGCACAUCGAGCGUGACACGGGCUACCUAGAUGUCCUGAUCAACAACGCCGGCACCCUCGGCCCGCUGCAGCGCGAUAUCUACUCCGCGCAGACGGUCGAAGAGCUUCAGAAGACCAUGCUGCUCGGGGUCGAGGACGGCGGGUGGGCUGACACGUUCGCGGUGAACACGACGGCUGUUGUGGGGGCGAGCGCGGCGUUCUUGGGCUUGUUGGACAAGGGGAACGUGAGGCGGGGGUGGGAGGGUGGGAAGGUGGGGUUGGGGGAGACGAGGAAGAGGCAGCGGGAGGAGGGUGAGAAAGCUGGAGUGGACGAGGAGGAUGAGAGGAGUAGCCAGAUUGUCACGGUGGCGAGUAUCAGUGGGUUUAAUAGGCAUGUCACCGCUGGGCUGGCGUAUACGGCAUCAAAGGCUGGCGCGGUGAUGUUGGGGAAGACGCUCGCGACGCUGUUGGCGCCGUGGGGGAUUAGGAGUAACGUCAUUGCUCCGGGGGUGUAUCCAUCGGAUAUGACGGCUGGUUCAAAGGAUGUGUACCCUGUCAAUGAAGUCCCCGCGGGCCGUAAGGGCGACUUCGGUGAUAUGGCGGGCGUCAUCUUGUACCUUGUGGGCAAGAGCGGCGCGUACGUUAACGGUAACGUGCAGGUCACGGAUGGAGGAAGGCUGAGCAUGAUGCCUGGCACCUACUAG